AUGGAUUACACAACAGCGACGAUCAAAGAAGUAUCAUCGAUGUACAAUGCUGAUGAGGAGAAUGUUUGCAGGAUUUGCAGAAAUCCAGGGGAUGCGGAUAAUCCGCUUCGGUAUCCGUGCGCUUGCAGCGGGAGCAUCAAGUUUGUUCACGAGGAUUGUCUCCUUCAGUGGCUUAGUUACUGCAAAGCUCGUCACUGCGAGGUUUGCAAGGAGAGUUUCUCAUUCUCACCACUUUACGCUGAAAAUGCUCCCACAAGGCUCUCUUUCACGGAGUUUGCUGUUGGCGUUGCGAUGAAAGCUCGCAAUAGCUGUCUUCCUCGGUUGAGUUUGGUGGUUUCCGUCUGGCUUCUCAUUGUUCCUCUCGUUACUUUUCGGAUGUGGAGAUUGUUUUUCCUUCGGUGUUUUGGUGAAGAAGCUCAGAGGUUGUUAUUGAGCCACACGUUUAUCACUGAUUGUUUGUUUGGGUUUAUACUAUCAGCAACCAUCAUCGUCAUUCUCCGUGGAUCGACUUCAUUGAGAGAUGAUUAUCUUAGGCAUUUGAGAUAUUUUAGGCAUUUAAGAGUUUCAUUGUAUGGUAUGAUUGGAAUGGAGGGUCCAUUAUUUCAUUUGGUUGAGAAUGCCUUUAGUGUUAUGGCAAGUAAUAUGAUAUUUCUUGGUGCUUUCAUCUUUGUGCCUUUCACAUUAGGACGGGUUAUAUUAUAUGGUCUCUUUAACGGUUAUGUUACUGGAUCAUCAUCAACGCGAUAUGAUGUUACAACUCUGAGUGUUGGAUACAUUUUUAUCAUCUUUUUAAUAUUCCUUUACCUUGGAAUCUCUUGGAUAGUGGGAACUGUAUCACUUCCCCUUAGGCAAUUCUUGGAAGCGAUGAGAAUAGGAAUCAGAAUUGUUACUAUUAUGGUCUUAGAGUUUGGGGUCUUCCCCCUGAUCUAUGGGUGGUGGAUAGAUGUUUGCACGGUUACAAUGUUUGGUCAAACAAUGUCUAACAGGCUACAGUAUUUAUCAGUUUCUCCACUGGUAAGCACGCUUGUUCAUUGGGUUGUUGGAACCAUCUACGAGUGGUAUAUAUCAAUAUGUUGUGACCUUCUUCGACAGGUUCUUCGCCCUGAAGUUUUGUAUUGCCUUUUUGGUCCCGAAGAUGAUAUGGAUGAGGCAGAGCGAUAUAUAUUUCAUGAACCAGUACACAAGGUUGCUCGGGAUUCUUUCUUAGCCAGUGCACAGAUUGGGAGUUCGAUUGUCUUGUGUUUAUUUUUACCUAUUCAACUUGCGAUAUGGAUGGCUCCUCCUUCAAUCUUCCCUCUCGACAUUUCUGUAUCAGACCCUUUCACUGAGAUUCCUGCCGGCAUUGUCCUUCUUACAACAUUCACACCUUUUAUCAUCGAGCAUUUUAGGUUUCAGACCACAGCUGUGUCCCUUCUACGCUGCUGGUGCACAUGCGUCGGUUGGUCAAAACCAGAGGAUAACGUUGGUCAGGAGAACGUAAAUGGUGAACCAGGAAGGCAAGACAGAGCACAAGUCUUGUCCAUUCUACUUGUUGCAUGGGUUACUCUACUUCUGGUCUAUUCUACAUUAAUAGUUGUAUCAGUUUCUCUUGGGCGUUAUUUAUUUAAUGCCAUCCCAAUUCUCCCAAUAACACAUGGAAUCAAAUGCAAUGAUUUGUAUGCUUUCUUUAUUGGCAUGUAUGUCUUUUGGACUACCAUAUCUGGUGCCAUGUGUGCUGUCCAGCAUGUCAAGUCAGAGAGGACUUCAGACUUGUUUAACCAAAUGUUGAAAUUGUGUGGGAUUGUCAUCAAGAGCUUGGUGAUUUUAAGCAUAUGGGUUCUUAUCAUUCCGGUACUAAUCGGACUUUUGUUUGAGCUUCUGGUGAUUGUCCCAAUAAGAGUCCCAGUAGAUGAAAGCCCUAUCUUUCUCUUGUAUCAAGACUGGACUCUUGGCAUCAUCAUUUUGAAUAUUUGGACUAGACUGAUAAUGGAUGAUAGCUGGAGAGAAAAGUUUGAGAGAGUAAAAGAAGAUGGUUUUGCUAGGCUUGAAGGGUUAUGGAUACUGAGAGAGAUUGUAUUCCCAGUGUUGAUGAAACUGCUAACAGCAUUAUGCGUGCCUUAUGUCCUUGCGAGAGGAGUGUUCCCAAUGCUCGGAUGUUCACUUGUGGUGAACUCUGCGGUGUACAGAUUCGCGUGGAUAGGUUGUCUCUCAGUGAGCCUCUUGUGCUUAUGUGCAAAAAGAUGCCAUGAGUGGUUAAGAAACCUUCAUAACUCGAUCCGUGAUGAACGUUAUAUCAUUGGUCAAAGACUCCAUAACUCUGGGGAGGAAACUGCUUUGGCUAUAAAAGGAAAGCCAAAGCAGUGA